AUGCUUCGCAUGAUAACAUUGAAAGCUGGGUCCAAUGCCUUCGUACCGUCGCUUUCCCGUCAAAAUAAAUUAAUCAGAUUCUUUGCCACAGCUGGAGCAGUCUCUAAGACCAAUCCAAGAGGCAUUAAGAAGAUUUUCGACGACAAUUCAUAUUGGAGGAAUAUCAAUGGUCAAGAUGCUAAUAAUAGCAAGAUUUCACAGUAUCUUUUUAAGAAAAAUAAAACGGGACUUUUCAAGAACCCUUAUUUGACUUCUCCAGAUGGUUUACGUAAGUUCAGCCAGGUUUCUUUGAAGCAAGCACAAGAACUCCUCGAAAAAAUGAGAAGUGACUUUAGCGAAAACGGUAAAUUAAGCUAUAUCAUGAACCUGGACAGAUUAAGCGAUACUCUCUGUCGAGUUAUUGAUUUGUGUGAGUUUAUCAGGUCAACACAUCCAGAUGAUGCAUUUGUUAAGGCAGCCCAGGAUUGCCAUGAACAAAUGUUUGAGUUCAUGAAUGUCUUGAAUACUGACGUUUCGUUAUGUAAUAUGCUAAAGUCGGUUUUAAACAACCCAGAAGUGUCGUCGAGGUUAAGUGAAGAAGAGCUUAAAGUUGGUAAAAUCUUAUUGGAUGAUUUUGAAAAGUCAGGAAUCUAUAUGAACCCUGAUGUCAGAGAAAAGUUUAUCCAGUUAUCCCAGGAAAUUAGUUUAGUAGGUCAAGAAUUCAUCAACCACACAGAUUAUCCUGGUUCGAAUUCCGUGAAAAUACCAUGUAAAGAUCUGGAUAAUAGUAAGGUGAGUACAUUUUUAUUGAAGCAAUUAAAUAAAGAUGUAAAAGGGCAAAAUUAUAAAGUACCUACAUUUGGAUAUGCAGCUUACGCAUUAUUGAAAAGUUGCGAAAAUGAAGUGGUGAGAAAAAAGUUAUGGACCGCACUUCAUAGUUGUUCUGACAAACAAGUCAAAAGAUUGGGCCACUUAAUCAAAUUAAGGGCAAUUUUGGCGAACUUAAUGCACAAAAGAAGCUAUGCAGAGUAUCAACUGGAAGGUAAGAUGGCAAAGAAUCCGAAAGAUGUUCAAGAUUUUAUUUUAACGUUAAUGAAUAAUACUAUGGAGAAGACGGCAAAUGAAUUGAGAUUUAUAGCUGAGCUCAAGGCCAAAGAUCUUAAGAAGCCAUUGAUUACAAACACAGACGAAAUAUUGAAGCUUGUGAGACCAUGGGAUAGGGAUUACUAUACUGGCAAAUAUUUACAGCUUAAUCCGUCAAAUGCACCCAGUGCCAAAGAGAUAAGCUAUUAUUUCACAUUAGGAAAUGUCAUUCAGGGUUUGUCAGAUUUAUUUCAGCAAAUAUACGGUAUUCGAUUGGAACCAGCGAUUACUGAUGAGGGAGAAACGUGGUCGCCAGACGUGAGAAGAUUGAAUGUAAUAUCCGAAGAGGAGGGAAUUAUUGGUAUAAUUUAUUGUGAUUUAUUUGAACGAAAUGGCAAGACUUCAAAUCCGGCACAUUUCACAGUUUGUUGUUCUAGGCAAAUAUAUCCUAGUGAAAAUGAUUUCUCAACUAUCCAAGUCGGUGAGAAUCCAGAUGGCACCUACUUCCAAUUACCUGUUAUCUCCCUCGUAUGUAAUUUUUCUCCAAUACCAAUCGCUUCUAAAAAGAGCCUUUGUUUUUUGCAACUUAAUGAAGUUGAAACGCUCUUCCAUGAGAUGGGACAUGCAAUGCACUCAAUGUUAGGGAGAACUCACAUGCAGAAUGUAAGUGGUACAAGAUGUGCUACUGAUUUUGUGGAGUUGCCAAGUAUCCUGAUGGAGCACUUCGCCAAGGAUAUACGAAUUUUGACAAGAAUUGGCAAGCAUUACGAGACUGGAGAAACCAUUCAGGCAGAUAUGUUGCAGGGAUUCAUGAAAAGCACAAAUUUUCUUCAAAAUUGUGAAACAUACUCCCAGGCAAAGAUGGCUAUGCUAGACCAAUCAUUUCACGAUGAAAAAAUUAUUUCUGAUAUUGAUAAUUUUGAUGUUGUUGAAAACUAUCAAACACUAGAACGACGUUUAAAGGUCCUGGUCGACGACCAGAGUAAUUGGUGCGGAAGGUUUGGCCAUUUAUUUGGGUACGGAGCAACAUACUACAGCUACUUAUUUGAUAGGACAAUAGCUUCUAAAAUCUGGUACGCCUUGUUCGAAGAUGAUCCGUACAGUCGAAAAAAUGGUGAUAAAUUUAAAAAGCAUUUAUUAAAAUGGGGCGGGCUGAAAGAUCCUUGGAAAUGCAUCGCUGAUGUUCUAGAAUGCCCCAUGCUAGAAGGAGGUGGCAGCGAUGCCAUGGAAUUUAUUGCACAGUCUCACAAAUCUUAG